AUGGACGAAUUGGCCCGAAACCUGGCAGGUAUCGGUGCAUCGAUCCUCCUACACCUUGUUCCGUCCCCCACGCUUUGGCGGUCGACCUCCUUUUGGGCUUUCAUCUUCUGGGGCGUAUGGAUUCAUCGCUAUCUUCGUCUGCUCGUCCACUGCGUGAGCCACUGGACCUACAAGUCCAAGCCCAUCCCGGCCAAGGCGUCGUUCACGAACGAAGACGUCACCGUGGUCAUACCCACGAUUCACCAUGCUUUCGAGGAGCUUCGACCGUCCCUCCUGAGCAUCCUGGCUUGCCGUCCAGCGGAGCUAAUCCUCGUCACGACGCACGGCAAGCGCGAGAGCCUCGAGAGCGUUGUCAAUUCGCUGGCGUUCCCCAACGUUCGCGUCAUGCACACGCAUAUCGCGAACAAGAGACUUCAGGUCUGCGAGGCGCUCCCCGAGGUCAAGACGUCCAUCACCAUCAUGGCCGACGACGACGUGACGUGGCCGUCUACGAUGCUGCCCUGGAUUCUUGCCCCCUUUGAGGACCCAAAGAUCGGAGGCGUGGGAACGUCCCAGCGAGUCAAGCGGGAGCGGAACGCCUCGUGGACGGCCAGGAUGUGGAAUUGGCUCGGUGCAGCGUACAUUGAGCGUCGAAACUUUGAGAUCUCGGCCACGCACAACAUUGACGGCGGCACCUCGUGCAUGUCGGGCCGCACCGGCGCCUACCGGUCCGAGAUACUGUCAAGUCACGAGUUCCUCGAAGGCUUCAAGAACGAGAAGUGGCGGAGAUGGAUUCUGAACGCCGACGACGACAACUUCGUCACUCGCUGGCUCGUCGGUCACCAGUGGAAGACGUGGAUACAGUACAACCCGGAAUGCGAGCUCGAGACGACGCUGGAGAACGGGCACAAGUUCCUCUACCAGUGCACGAGCCAGCAACCGUGGUGCGUGUACGCCCUGCACAUCGCGACCUUCACCUCCCUGACCUUUGCCGUCGACCCGCUGCUGCUUGCCUCGUGCUGGUGGGCGACUGGGGAGUGGAGUUAUGGGAAUCGCCAGUACGCGUUCUGGAGCCAGUUCAUGUUCAUGUUUGGAUUCACCAAGGUCGUGAAGCUCUUGGGUCUAUUCCGCCGACACCCAAUCGACGUCGUCUUCCUUCCCGCCUCGAUCAUUUUUGGAUAUCUGCAUGGGCUUAUCAAGCUGUACGCCCUCAUGACGCUUAACAUGCCUUGCCAUGCGGGUACGCCUUCUCGUGCGUGGAACAGGUCGCUGACGGUCGCGAAGACGUCCUGGGGCAGCCGCGCCGAUGCCGAUGCCGAUGACGACCAGCGCCUGGCACCGGCCCCCGCGCAGUCCAUGGUCCUCAAGACUCCGCCAGGUUCCACCUCGCUCAUCCUCUACAACGUCCGUCAGAAGGUACGACCGAUGUCUGGCUGGACCGGCGACGCCGGCAACAAGCGGGAAGGGAAGACGGUCUGGGCGGCGUACGAGUCGGAAACGCCGCACAGAGCUCUGCGUCCAUCCUUGCCGCUCCUGGAGAUGCAGGAGGCUAUCGGUCGCACGGCCGCAGCGGCCCAUUGA